AUGCAAAAGCCUAAGAUUCAACGCGUCUCGAUCGCGUCCCCAGUCAGACAUCUCAGGCAGCAUGAGUCGAUUCGCGCCAGAGUCCCUAUUCAAUUUCCUAUAAUAUUGCGUGUUGCUGAUUUAAGACUUCCUUCUUCCCCGGUUUUACCCAGAAUCAGCAUGUUUGCCCUCACUCUCCCUUCCUCCCAGCUCGGGCGUGUACUCGCCGGUCGCUACACGCUCGAGAAGACUUUGGGAAAGGGUAGUUUUGGCUCUGUUAUUCGCGCGCUGGAUCGCGCCACCUCUUCCACCGUCGCCGUUAAGGUGCAGAAGAAGUACACCAAGGAUUCCACCAUGGAGAUCAGGCAGCGCCGUGAACAAUCCCUCCACUCAAAGGUCUCCGAACACCCCAACGUCGUCACCUUCCUCCACGCCUUCGAGACCCCCGACGCCGCCUGCAUCGUCCUCCAAUAUGUCCCCGACGGCGACCUCUGCAGCGCCAUCGAGAAGCGUUCGUACUACGGCGACGGCCCUCUCAUCUCCCACUGCUUCGACCAGCUCCUCGAUGCCGUCGCCUUUUGCCACGCCCGCGGCGUCUACCACCGCGACAUCAAGCCCGAGAACAUCCUCGUCUCUGGGGAUCGCCGCACAUGGUACCUCACAGACUUCGGGCUCGCGACUCCCAACAGGACGUCUUCCGGCGCCGGCAUUGGUACCCACUCAUACAUGGCCCCCGAAGUGCUUGGUAGCCCCGAGUUCUCUCGCGCAGUCAUCUGGAAUACCGCCGCAGACGUCUGGGCACUCGGCAUCACACUGCUCGCCGUGCUCAACUCCGCAUUACCAUGGCCGCGCGCCGAGCGCAAGGAGAAGAAGUUUGCGGCAUACCUCGCGAAUCCGCAGCCGUACCUCGUCAACACCAUGCCUAUAUCCUCCGAGCUCGCUAUCCUCCUCUCUGA